GAUAUCAUUCAUAGAGCGAUCCGUACACAAAUCCCUCAGAGCCUUUUGAGGAAAAUGAUUGCGCAAAUUUUGGCCAAAUUCGUUAUUUUAUUACCAUGUUAGUGAUCGACAGUCGAUAUUACAAUUAUUCAUCUUUAUCAUUCCAAUUAUAUGAUUAUUAAUGUAUUAGGACAGUUCAGUGACAAGAAAACAGCAACGGAUCAAUGACUUAAGAAGAUUCUCCUCCAGUAUUUAUGAAAGAAGAAUGCAGAAGACUCGGUAACCUGAUUGGCCAAAGAGAAGACCGGAAGUUGAGGGAAUGAAAUCACAGAUAUCCUUGACGGAUGAGAAAGGUCCCCGCGAAUGAGAGAUCAGUACCAAAGUUCAGCGUGGAACAGAAUGAAGAGGGCCUCUCCAAUUGAGAAGGUCAUUUUGGGCUUGGCCUUGAUUUGUUCCCUUUUGGUUCCGAGUCGUGGAGCCCAGACUGUCGGUCGGAAGCUGCAGCAAAUUGGAGACCCAAACCAACCACAAGGAGCUAAUGGAAAUGUUUCCUUACCCGAGGAAGGCAGCCUUUUCCCUCCAGAUUUGUUCUCUCACUCUGCGUUAUCCCAUGGGGCCGUUAUUUUGCAUAUCAUUGGGAUCCUAUACAUGUUCUUCGCCCUAGCAUUGGUAUGCGAUGAAUUUUUUGUACCUUCCCUUGAUGUCAUCAUAGAAAAGCUCGGGAUCAGUCCGGAUGUGGCUGGAGCCACUUUCAUGGCCGCGGGGGGAUCUGCGCCCGAACUCUUCACUUCCAUCAUUGGCGUGUUCAUAGCCAAAAGUGACGUGGGUAUUGGAACCAUUGUGGGAUCAGCCGUGUUCAAUAUUCUCUUUGUCAUUGCCGCAUGCGCGUUUGCCGCGUCAACGGCUCUGGGCCUUGCAGCUUGGCCGUUAGUCCGAGACGUGGCUUUUUAUUCAAUUUCUUUGGUGCUCUUGGUUGUAUUCUUCCUCGAUAAUCAAAUCACUUGGUAUGAAGCCUUGAUUUUAUUUCUCUGGUACGGAGCUUACGUAUGUUUCAUGAAAUUCAAUGAACCUGUGGAGGACAAACUCAGAUUGUGGCUAAAACUUCCACCGUCCGAGAGAUCCGUUCAUGGGAUCACGUUGAGGUCUCCCAAAAAUAGGAAGGGUUUGUUCCAUUUGAUGGCGGACGUUGUGCAUCCAGAGAAAAAACCUGUGGGCAUCCCGUCGCAGAGAACUGUCGAGCAAGGGCAAGAAAUGGAGGAGACGCAAGAAAAAGCACAACAAGCCGGGAUCACAGGGCUUAAAUCACAUUUGGCCAAUGGAAACGAGGCUCGUGCCAGGGAUGAUCAGACAAACUUAGAGGAUCCUCAACCAGAAGAGAGUAACGAAGAUGGACCAAUUGACAUGUCCUUGCCUGGAAGUGGAGAUUGGAAAGCAAUCAUGUUUUACGUGAUCUCUUUUCCGAUCAUGGCUCCACUCUUCAUCACUCUACCUGACACGAAAAACCCAUCCAAACGCAAAUACUUCGUGCUUACGUUCGUGGGAAGCAUUGUAUGGAUUGCGAUCUUUUCAUACCUAAUGGUCUGGUGGGCAACAGUAGCAGGAGACGUCUUGGGAAUUCCACCAGAGGUCAUGGGCCUGACUUUCUUGGCGGCAGGAACUUCGGUGCCAGAUCUCAUCACGAGUGUCCUCGUGGCUAAACAAGGCAAAGGCGAUAUGGCUGUGUCCUCUUCAGUGGGUUCAAACAUCUUUGAUGUCACGGUUGGAUUGCCCCUCCCGUGGUUGAUCUACAGCAUAGUCUUUGGCGAGUCGGUCACAGUCUCGAGUCACGGUGUGGCCUGUUCAAUUUUGAUGCUGUUCUCCAUGUUGGUCUUGGUGUUCGUCAGCAUUGUGGCGUUCAAUUGGAAAAUGACCAAAGCCAUGGGUGGAGUCAUGCUUGUGGCUUAUUUCGUGUUUGUAAUGAUCUCCUUGGGGUUUACGUACGAUCUUUAUUCAUGCCCUUUUUGACCCGAUUACCAUACAUGAAUUCGAUCCUUUGGGUAACGUCGCUCUAUUCCAAAUUUUGAUUUCUCAUCAUAACUUGUACAAACAUUUCCAAUACAUCGAGUAGAGUUCGUUUUUCGAAAAAAUCCUGGCCAAACCCCGUAUAACAUGGAAGUUAUGAUAAUAAUAGGCAUAAUAAGAA